AUGCGAAAACUUGCUGGGACAACCUGGGGUGCAAAUGAGCAAAUACUGAAGACUGUAUAUCAGGGCACAGUAAGACCCACCAUGGAGUACAGCUCAGCCACAUGGUCCACAACAGCCAAGACAAACCAGCAAGCCCUGGAUAAAGUACAGAACCAGGCACUUCGUAUCAUCACAGGGGCCACCAAGUCUACACCAAUCGCCUUCAUGGAGAAACUGACCGGAAUACAAACACUUCACGAAAGAAGACAAACCAAGGUCCUUCUCCAGGCAAACAAGUACCAGUCCCUCCCAGACCACCCCAUGAACAGCAGACUUGAGGGAUUAACCAAGAACCGCCUCAAGCGCUGCAGCUUUGUACAUCAAGCAAAGAAGCUGAGUAGAGAGUAUGCAGCUGAACUAAACACUCAGACAAUUCCCUUGGGCCGAGCAGACAUCACCAACCCUACAGCAAAUGACCUGUCUGCAGUCAAAGUGGCACUUGCUAUUCCUGGACUAGACAUGGGCAAACAGGAAAAUGAGACCAUCCGUAGAAGUCUGACACUUGCGGCUAUCUACGCAGACUAUCCUUCGGACACAUGGACCCAUGUAUACACAGAUGGGUCAGCCACUAGAGCCGUUAAGGAUGGAGGCGGUGGUAUUCACAUAACGUACCCGUCAGGCCAGAAAACAGCCCAUUACAUCGCCACUGGGAAGCACUGCAGCAAUUACAGAGCAGAGACUGAGGCACUCAUGAAGGCAGUCUUUUUGAUAGAAAACUCGCCAGAAGAGAUCACCUCUGUAGUCUUCCUCACAGAUGCAAGAUCAGUUCUGGAGGCCCUACAAAACAACAAUGUCCCUGAACUAGCGCAAGCCGUGAACAAGCUUGGGUCGUCGUGUAAUGUUGCACUUCAGUGGAUACCAUCUCACUGUGGAGUGCCCGGAAAUGAGGAGGCUGACAAGCUGGCUAGGUUAAGAGCCCAGUUGGAGCAACCAGAUAACCAGGUGACAUACAAGGAGAAAGCCACCAUCAUCAAGGCUCUCACCAAGACAAGACAGGAAGCGGAUGCCUACCACAUGCUAAACCGACCAGAACAAGUGGUGAUGGUCAGGCUUCGCUCGGGACACAACAGACUGAAUGCACACAUGUGCAGGAAGAACAAACUGGUGCCGUCCCCCAUAUGUCCCUGUGGAGAAGAGGACCAGACUACAGAGCAUAUCCUCCAAAGAUGCAAAAGACACGACCAGGAGCGAGGAGCAACGUGGCCCCGAGGUGCAACACUCCAGCAGAAGCUGUACGGAGACGUUGAGGACCUGCGGCGGACCACAACCUUCAUCGCGGAUACUGGCGUGAUCGUGUAG